AUGACCUCGUCCCAAAAGACCAAUGCUCAUGCUCCGCUCACACACUUCCUCUGCAUCCCUCUGUCCGUACCAACCUCUCGCCCCCAACUCUCCGCCAGCCUUGCCUCCUUCCAGGAUGAUGUCACCCGACCCAAGGACCUCGGCGGCUUCGACCUCCCGCCGGAUGCUGUCCGUCCCGUGGGGACACUGCAUCUGACACUGGGGAUGAUGUCGUUUCCAAGAGGCGGCGGUGGAGAAGAGGGGCUGGCGAGGGCUGUCGAGAUGCUUCGAGCGCUGAAGCCGAGGGAGGUCCUGGCUGGCUUGUUGGAAGGGAAGAGGAACAACAAAAGCAACAGCAAUAGCCAUCCACAAGUCCUAAUCACACUCAAGGGCUUAAAUUCUAUGCAGAAGCCCGAGAGAACCACAGUUCUCUACGCACCACCGUCGGACCCAGAAGACAUCCUUCAGGCCUUCUCAGAGCACAUCAGGGCAACGUUCAGGGACGCAGGCCUGCUGGCGCCCGACGAGAGGCCUCUAUUACUCCACGCGACCAUCGUCAAUACCGUGUACGUCAAAGGCAGCAACAGGGGCAACAAGAGCGGUCAAAGGGGCAGGAAGGACAACCAACGCCACGUUGUCAGGGACGCGCAGGCGAUGCUCGAUCGGUAUGAGGAGCAUGUUUGGGUGGAGGAUGUGCCACUGGAGACGAUUGCCAUCUGCAGAAUGGGUGCGAAGCCGCUCAAGGAGGAUGGCGUGGUGGUGGAUGUUGCAUAUGAGGUCGAGGCAGAAAUUGCUUUUUGA